GCAAUUUUUACAGACAGCAUGUCUCUAGAGCAAACAGCAUGUGAAGAUUUAAAAGCCUUUGAGCGACGUUUGACAGAAGUCAUUGCUAGACUACAGCCGGCCACCACAAGAUGGAGAAUGGUUCUAGUGAUAAUGGCAGCAAGCACAGCCUUGGGGGCAUACCUCUGGCUCACAGAUCCCAUCACACAAGAAGUGACAUUCGUUCAGUCGCUCCUCAACCACCUCUUCUUCACUUUUGCUGCCAUUACUCUAAUCUUGCUCUUUAUGAUGGGCAUCCACAAGAAAGUGGUUUCACCAUCAAUAAUCACUUCUCGAACACGCACUGUCCUUUCUGACUUCAACAUGUCCUGUGACGACACCGGUAAGCUUAUUCUGAAGCCAAGACCUACGACCACAUGAGAGUAUUAGUUCUUAGGAGAUUUGUGUAUAAAUAUGUGACUGUUACUUAUGCCAAUAUGUAUAUUUUGUCUCAACCUGCAUUAUGUACGAGUACAAAAAUACACACAUUUAUCAUCCAGUCUUGAAACUGCAGAAGUGUGCAUAUAUGACAUGUAUUUAAGUUAAAACUUGUAACAAGGGACUUGUUUGUGCUGCUGAGUUAAUUUUUAUGGUAGGAAGGCAAGUAAAAGAGAAAUUCUGGAGUAUACAAAUUGACAGGCAAGAGAAGGUCAAUGUUACUGUUUUUUUUUAUUAUCUGUGUUUAUAGGCAUAUCAUGUCAAUUGAUUUUUGUCAGAUUUUCCCAAAGCUGCAGUUUUUAAUGAUUCAUAGCAAAAAUACUGUUCAUGCUUUAUCUCAUGAAAUCAGUAUCUAGCAAUAGUUCCAUAUGAUAGGUAAUGAUGCUAUAAAUACAAAUUUGUUGCUCCUGUUGUUUAAGCUGCAAGGUGUUCCUUAUAGUUUUAUUCUCAUAAUUUAUUGAAAAUUAUCCAGAUAGGAAAAUGAAAUUGUGGAGUUUGAUUGACAAGCCUACCUGUUUGCUUCUGAUUUUAAACCUUGUCUGUGAAGUAGCACCUGAUAUUCCAAAUGACUAUCCAGUUGAGUUCCAGUUCCAGAAUAGCCAAUUUGAUUGAAAAAAUUGAUUUGUUAUGAAUUUUAGUAUUUGUCAAUACAGAUUGAUAGAACGUGAAAUACUCUAAUAAAAUAUUUUUUUUAUAUAUAUUGUAGUUAUAACAUUA